ACAGAAGAUCUGGGUUCUAGUCUCAGAUCUGGCCCUUGGGUUGCUGGGUGACUUGAAUUACAGACUUCCUUUUUCUGGGUCCUUUCAGAUGAGGGGGUUGGGCCCUCUGCCUUAUGCAUGACCUCUAAAUUCUAAAAUAUUCCGGUUCGGUUUUGCUUCUAGGCAAGGUGACCCCAUGGCAAGGCGCAAGCCAGAAGGGUCCAGCUUCUACAUGAGCCACCUGUCCAUGGCUCUGGCCUAUUCCUUUACCCCAGAUGCCAGUAUGCAACCCCACCCUCAGCUGGGCAACACCCAGCAACAAACAGAGUUAGGAAAGGAGCUGACUGGCACCAUGUCCUACCAAUACCCAGCGCUGACCCCGGAGCAAAAGAAGGAGCUGUCUGACAUUGCUCAGCGAAUUGUGGCUCCGGGCAAGGGCAUCCUGGCUGCAGAUGAGUCCACUGGGAGCAUUGCCAAGCGGCUGCAGUCCAUUGGCACUGAGAACACUGAGGAGAACCGGCGCUUCUACCGCCAACUGCUGCUGACUGCCGAUGACCGCGUGAAUCCCUGCAUUGGGGGUGUCAUCCUCUUCCAUGAGACACUCUAUCAGAAGACAGAUGAUGGGCGUCCCUUCCCCCAAGUUAUUAAAUCCAAGGGUGGUGUUGUGGGCAUCAAGGUAGACAAGGGCGUGGUACCCCUGGCAGGAACAAAUGGCGAGACUACUACCCAAGGGCUGGAUGGGCUGUCUGAGCGCUGUGCCCAGUACAAGAAAGACGGAGCUGACUUUGCCAAGUGGCGCUGUGUGCUGAAGAUUGGGGAACACACCCCCUCAGCCCUUGCCAUCAUGGAAAAUGCCAACGUUCUGGCCCGUUAUGCCAGCAUCUGCCAGCAGAAUGGCAUUGUGCCUAUCGUGGAGCCUGAGAUCCUCCCUGAUGGGGACCAUGACUUGAAGCGCUGUCAGUAUGUAACUGAAAAGGUGCUGGCUGCUGUCUACAAGGCUCUGAGUGACCACCACAUCUACCUGGAAGGCACCUUGCUGAAGCCCAAUAUGGUCACCCCAGGCCAUGCCUGUACCCAGAAAUUUUCUAAUGAGGAGAUUGCCAUGGCAACUGUCACUGCACUGCGCCGCACAGUGCCCCCAGCUGUCCCUGGGGUCACCUUCCUAUCUGGAGGUCAGAGUGAGGAGGAGGCAUCCAUCAACCUCAACGCAAUCAACAAGUGCCCCUUGCUAAAGCCAUGGGCCCUGACCUUCUCCUAUGGCCGAGCCCUACAAGCCUCUGCUCUGAAGGCCUGGGGUGGAAAGAAGGAGAACCUGAAGGCUGCUCAGGAGGAAUAUGUCAAGCGAGCACUGGCCAAUAGCCUCGCCUGUCAAGGAAAGUACACCCCGAGUGGUCAGGCUGGAGCAGCAGCCAGCCAAUCCCUCUUCAUCUCUAACCAUGCCUACUAAGCAGAGGUGAUCUAGGGCUGCCCCUUCAACACUCCAGGCUCCACCCCCUCCCACACUCACCCUCGAAGAGAAGGCCUCAUCCGGGGCUCCAGGCUGCUCUUUCCCAGCAAUCUUGCCUUCCUUGUGACGUUGGUGCGUGGUGUUGUCUGUGUAUGCCAACUCCAAUAUCCUCUCCAGCCCACUGCCAAUAAACAACUAUUUAAGGGGGAGU